AUGGAUCCAGACGGCCUGUUCGACUUCCUCGCUCCUGCAGAGGCUGCGCCCAGUCCAGCCACAUCUUCAGGUUCUUCCCCUUCCAAGAAGCAGAAGAAACGAUCCAAAGCGGCAGCUACUGCCUCUUCCUCUUCCAGCAAAGCGGCUGCCGCACCACAGACGAAUGACGCUCCGAAAGCCGACUCACAAAAUGGCCAUGCAGCAGCACAUGAUAUUGGGAACACUGCUUCGACCGACGAAGACGAGUCCGCACCAGGAUCGUCCAAACGCCAGAAGCUCAAUGCCGUCUCGGACAAGCCGGCGCCCGUGCCAACUGUGGUGACGGACGAAUUCACCGAUGAGGCUACGCAAGCCAUCCCCGUAGACUCGGGUAUUGCGCCGUCCAACUCUGCAGACGCGAACGAAGCUGCUGAUGGCGACGCUGCUGCGGUGUCGAACGCAGACGGUGCUUCUGCCGCUGAUGCUAAAAAGAUGCACGUAACCCAUUCCGUACGCCAUCAAGUCGCACUUCCUCCCGACUAUCCGUACGUGCCUCUUUCUCAGCAUGUACCCAACAACCCACCGGCCAAAGAAUACAAGUUCACCCUCGACCCAUUCCAGCGCAACUCGGUCUCGUGCAUCGAGCGCAACGAAUCGGUCCUCGUCUCCGCCCACACCUCGGCAGGUAAAACCGUCGUCGCCGAGUACGCCAUUGCUCAAUGCCUCAAGAAUGGCCAACGUGUCGUCUACACCUCCCCUAUCAAGGCGCUCUCCAACCAGAAGUUCCGCGAGCUCACCGCCGAGUUUGGCGACGUCGGCCUCAUGACCGGCGACGUCACCAUCAACCCUUCGGCGUCGUGCCUCGUCAUGACCACCGAGAUUCUGCGUUCCAUGCUCUACCGUGGCUCCGAAAUCAUGCGCGAAGUGGCGUGGGUCGUUUUCGAUGAAAUUCACUACAUGCGCGACAAGGAGCGUGGUGUCGUUUGGGAGGAGACCAUCAUCCUCCUGCCGCGCAAGGUCCGCUACGUCUUCCUCUCGGCCACCAUCCCCAACGCCAUGCAAUUCGCCGAGUGGAUUGCUCAUACCCAUGCCCAGCCUUGUCACGUCGUCUACACCGAUUUUCGUCCCACACCUCUCCAGCAUUACCUCUUCCCGCAAGGCGGUGAGGGUAUUCACCUUGUCGUUGACGAGCGCGGCACCUUCCGGGAGGACAACUUUCAAAAGGCUAUGGGUGCGCUUGCCGACUCCAAAGGCGAGGAUGUCGCUGACCCCAACGCUGGAGGCGGCAAGCGUCGCGGCCAGGUCAAGAAGGGCGGCAAUGGAGGCAAGAAGGGCCCCUCGGAUAUCUACAAGAUCGUCAAGAUGAUCAUGGUCAAAAAUUACAACCCUGUCAUUGUGUUCGCCUUCUCCAAGCGCGAAUGCGAGGCGCUUGCACUCCAGAUGAGCAAGCUCGAGUUCAACACGGAUGACGAAAAGGAGAUGGUCUCCACCGUUUUCACCAACGCCAUCAACGCGCUGUCGGAAGAAGAUCGCAGUCUACCACAGAUCGAGCACAUUCUACCCCUCCUUCGUCGCGGCAUCGGUAUCCACCACGGAGGUCUCUUACCCAUCCUCAAGGAGGUCAUCGAGAUCCUGUUUCAGGAAGGUCUCAUUAAGGUACUCUUCGCCACUGAAACCUUUUCAAUCGGUCUCAACAUGCCUGCCAAGACCGUCGUAUUCACUGCAGUCAACAAGUGGGACGGCAAGGAGUUCCGCAACCUCACCUCGGGCGAGUUCAUCCAGAUGUCCGGUCGAGCCGGUCGACGUGGUCUCGACGACCGAGGCAUCGUCAUCAUGAUGUUCGACGAAAAGCUCGAACCCAGUGCCGCCAAGACCAUGGCCAAGGGAGAAGCCGACCGUCUCAACUCGGCGUUUCAUCUGGGAUACAACAUGAUUCUCAAUCUGAUGCGUGUUGAAGGUAUUUCGCCAGAGUACAUGCUGGAGCGUUGUUUCUUCCAAUUCCAGAACGCCGCUUCGGUGCCUGCGCUCGAGGCCGAGCAGAAGGCGGCGGAACAGCAGCGCGAUCUGAUCAAGGUCGAGCGAGAAGAAGAGGUCGCCGAAUACUACGAUGUCAAGCACCAGCUUGAGACGCUCCGCAAGGAUGUGCAGACCGUCAUCACGCAUCCGUCGUACGUCCUGCCCUUCCUGCAGCCGGGACGACUAGUGAGAGUGUGCCACGAUGAUCUCGACUUCGGCUGGGGUGCGGUGGUGUCGUAUGAAAAGCGUCUGCCCAACACGCCAGGCAAGCGCGGACCCGCCAUCGACCCCAAUGCGCCGCCUCAGAACCACUAUGUUGUCGACGUGCUUUUGCACUGCGCAUCGGGUGCGAGCUCCAUCUCGUCAGACAAGAAGUCGUCCAAGAACGACAACGCCACUCACCUACUUCCCUGUCCUGAGGGUAAAAAGGGCGAGAUGGUCGUGGUGCCCGUGUUGCUCUCUACGAUCCAGUCGUUGUCUGGGAUUCGUAUCUUCCUCGCCAAGGAUCUGCGUCCCACCGAGCCGCGAGAGACGGUGCGCAAGAACCUCGUCGAAGUGCAACGCCGUUUCCCCAAUGGCGUCCCCCUCCUCGACCCCAUCAAGGAUAUGAAGAUCAAGGACGAGUCUUUUGCGCACCUGGUCGAGAAGAUCAAGAUCCUCGACGACAAGCUCUCGUCCUCGGCCAUUCGCAAGGACAAAGACCUGCCUCGCCUUUACGCUGCCUACGCCAAGAAACAGGAGGCACAAGAAGUGGUGUCGGGCAUCGCGAAAAAGAUCGCAGCGGCUCACUCAGUACUGCAGCUGGACGAGCUCAAGUGCCGCAAGCGUGUGCUCCGUCGACUUGGGUUCACGACUUCGGACGACGUGGUGGAGAAAAAGGGCCGUGUCGCUUGCGAAAUCUCGACGGGCGACGAACUGCUGCUGACCGAGAUGAUCUUCAACGGCGUGUUCAACGACCUCACUCCGCCACAGUGUGCCGCGCUCCUCUCGUGUUUCGUCUUUGGCGAAAAGUCGACCACGCAAACCCGGCUGAACGAGACGCUCGCUGCACCACUGCGCAUCAUGCAAGAGACCGCGCGUCGCAUCGCCAAAGUUUCGAUCGAAUCGAAAUUGCCGUUGGUCGAGGAGGAGUACGUGUCGAGCUUCAAGGUGGAGCUCAUGGACCUGGUCAUGCACUGGUGCAACGGCGCCAAGUUUGCCGAGAUCUGCAAGAUGACCGAUGUCUUCGAGGGAAGUAUCAUCAGGUGUUUCAGGAGGUUGCAGGAGCUGAUCAGGCAGCUGGUGCAAGCGGCGAAAGCGAUUGGCAAUGAGGGAUUGGCUGAGAAGUUUGAGAAGACGCUGGCCAUGCUGGAGAGGGAGGGCAGCAUCAUUUUCUCGCCCUCGCUCUAUUUGUAG